UCAACAGCAGAGCCUGGAAGCCCAUGAGAAGCUUGGAUGCCACAGAAGGAGGACUGGGUCCUCUGUAAAGGACUACUCACUGGAAUAUUUCUGAAGUACCUUGUGGAAUAACUACAGUCUCAGAAACGUACUGAGGCCUUUACAGCUCAGCGGAACCACCCUCGCCAGAGGCUAUACCGAGCAAGAACAAUGGAGGUUGUCAGGAAGCUCAUUUGCAGACAAAGGCAAGUCUUUUUCUUCUUUUUCUUCUUGGGCUUAGCUCAGGCGGGCUCUGAAUUUAGGCGUUAUUCUGUGGUGGAGGAAACUGAAGGGAGCUCUUUUGUAACCAAUUUAGCAAAAGACCUGGGUCUGGGGCAGGGGGAACUUUCCAGGCGGGGAGCUAGGGUCAUUUCCAAAGGAAACAAACUGUAUCUGCAGCUCGAUCAGGAGACUGGGGAUUUACUGCUAAAUGAGAAACUGGACCGCGAAGAACUGUGUGGUCAGACAGAGCCCUGUAUGCUGCGUUUCCAGGUGUUGCUAGAGAAUCCCUUAGAGUUUUUUCAAGCUGAGCUACAGGUAAUAGACAUAAAUGACCAUGCUCCGGUGUUCAUGGACAGAGAUAUGUUGCUAAAAAUAUCAGAGAGCAGUCCUCCUGGGACUAAGUUUCCUCUGAAGAACGCUCAGGACAUGGAUGUAGGCCGAAACAAUAUUGAAAACUAUACCAUCAGUCCCAACUCCUAUUUCCGGGUCCUCACCCGCAAACGCAGCGAUGGCAGGAAAUAUCCGGAACUUGUGCUGGACAAAGUGCUGGAUCGGGAGGAGGAACCUGAGCUCAGGUUAACCCUCACUGCUCAGGAUGGCGGGUCUCCACCCCGGUUUGGCACCGCUCAGGUCUCCAUCGAAGUCGUGGACAUCAACGAUAAUGCCCCUGAAUUUGAGCCGCCUUUCUAUAGGGUACAGAUCCCCGAGGACAGUCCCAUAGGCUACCUGAUUGUCAAAGUCUCUGCUACGGAUAUAGACAUAGGAGUCAAUAGAGAGAUUUCCUAUUCACUUUUCCAGGCUUCAGAAGAGAUUAGCAAAACCUUUGAGAUCAACGCCAUGACAGGAGAAAUUCGACUGAAAAAACAACUUGAUUUCGAAACAACUCAGUCUUAUGAGGUCAAUAUCGAGGCCAGAGAUACUGGAAGUCUUUCUGGGAAAUGCACCGUUCUGACUCAAGUCAUGGAUGUGAACGACAAUGCUCCAGAAGUCACCAUGUCUGCACUUACUAGGCAGAUCCCCGAGAACUCUCCUGAGACUAUGGUUGCAGUUUUCAGUGUUUCAGAUCUUGAUUCUGAAGAGAAUGGGAAAAUAAGUUGCUACAUUCAGGACGAUCUACCUUUUUUCCUUAAAUCUUCCAUGGAAAACUUUUAUACCCUAGUAACAGAGAGACCGCUAGACAGAGAGACCAGAGCAGAAUACAACGUCACCAUCACCGUCACGGACUUGGGGACACCCAGGCUGAAAACCGAGCACAACAUAACCGUGCUGGUGUCCGACGUCAACGACAACGCCCCCGCCUUCACCCAGACCUCCUACACCCUGUCCGUCCGCGAGAACAACAGCCCCGCCCUGCACAUCGGCAGCGUCCGCGCCACAGACAGAGACGCGGGCGCCAACGCCCAGGUCACCUACUCGCUGCUGCCGCCCCUCGACGCGCACGUGCCCCUGGCCUCCCUGGUGUCCAUCAACCCGGACAACGGCCACCUGUUCGCCCUGAGGUCCCUGGACUACGAGGCCCUGCGGGCGUUCGAGUUCCGCGUGGGCGCCGCCGACCGCGGCUCGCCCGCGCUCAGCAGCCAGGCGCUGGUGCGCGUGCUCGUGGCGGACGACAACGACAACGCGCCCUUCGUGCUGUACCCGCUGCAGAACGCCUCGGCGCCCUGCACCGAGCUGGUGCCCAGGGCGGCCGAGGCGGGCUACCUGGUGACUAAGGUGGUGGCGGUGGACGGCGACUCGGGCCAGAACGCCUGGCUGUCGUACCAGUUGCUCAAGGCCACGGAGCCCGGGCUGUUCGGCGUGUGGGCGCACAACGGCGAGGUGCGCACGGCCCGGCUGCUGAGCGAGCGCGACGCGGCCAAGCACAGGCUGCUGGUGCUGGUCAAGGACAACGGCGAGCCGCCACUCUCGGCCAGCGUCACGCUGCACGUGCUGCUGGUGGACGGCUUCUCGCAGCCCUACCUGCCGGUCCCUGAAGCGGAAGCGGCGGACGCGGCCCCGGCCGCCCCGCUCACCGUCUACCUGGUGGUGGCCUUGGCGUCGGUGUCGUCGCUCUUCGUCUUCUCGGUUCUGGUGUUCGUCGCGGUGCGGCUGUGCAGGAGGGGCGGGGCGGCCUCGGUGGGUCGCUGCUCGGUGCCCGAGGGCCACUUUCCGGGCCACCUGGUGGACGUCAGCGGCACGGGGACCCUGUCCCAGAGCUACCAGUACGAGGUGUGUCUGAAGGGGAGCUCUGGGACCAGCGAGUUCAACUUUCUGAAGCCAAUUGUGACCAAUUUUCAGGGCCAUUCCCCUGGCCCAGAUAUAGAAGAAACCCCCAACUUUAGGAAAGAUUUUGGUUUCAGUAUUCAGUGACAGCA